CUUUAUUUAACGCUCUUUGCAUCGCGCAGCCGGCGCUGGCUCACUCAGUCGGGCUUUGUCUGCUAUCUCGCCACCAUCUGCACCAGCAGCGCAGAGAUAUGCCGCGGGCCUUUCUCAUCACGCACCGCAGGUACAACAACCACCCUGUCGAACAGAAAGAGUGCAGCCCCGAACGAACUGUCAGUCUUCCUGAGCAGGCCGCCCCUCAUCUGCAACAACUGCCCCAACCUCUGUACCCUGAGCAGCCAGCCACCAUGCCAGUGCUCCUCACCCCCCACCAGUCCGACUCAUACCCCGACCUUCCCGAAGACCUUUCCAAGAGCUCGACGACGUCGACCCCAGCACCACCCCCUUCACCACCGUGCGUCGAGAUUCCAAGGGUGCCGCUGAGAGACGACCCUGACAGUCUGUACAACUUGACGCAAUUAGCCGAGGUCAGCCUUCUCCACCCCGACCUCCACGGAUGCCCUGAUUGUGGAAAAAGAUACAGCACUUCAAGCAACCUUGCCAGGCACCGUCAGACACACCGUUCUCUCGAGGACAAGAAAGCGAGGCGCUGUCCCCACUGCGACAAGGUUUACGUCUCCAUGCCAGCUUAUUCAAUGCACGUGCGAACCCACAACCAGGGCUGCAAGUGUCCCUACUGCGGAAAGUGCUUUUCGAGGCCCUGGCUGCUUCAGGGCCACAUCAGAACUCACACAGGUGAGAAACCUUUCCGGUGCAACGUGUGCAGCAAGGCCUUUGCAGACAAGUCAAAUCUCCGGGCGCACGUCCAGACCCACUCGAACACCAAACCCUUCAUCUGCGGCCGGUGCGGAAAGGCCUUCGCCCUCAAGUCUUAUCUCUACAAACACGAGGAGUCGUCUUGCAUGAAGCUGAACAGGACCCACGAAGCGUCGAGCAGCAGCAGCGGAUCGUCGCCGUCGUCGCCGCGCUCCGUAGAUGCGUCCGAAAUCUGCAGGGGUGGCGACACCCCCAGACCACCCUUCAAUCAUCACAUUGGUCUUCACAUGGUCGGCCAGGCCAGAAAUGUUGGAAUCAUGGCUUAACCAUGGAAAAGUCAAUGAAUAGAAUAAUGGCAAAAAUUAUAGUAAAAUUUUUGAUAAAUCAAAAUUUUUAGUUUUUCUAUUUAUUUAGUCAGAAAAAAAUUAAAUUGUGUCAUGCAAUUAUAUGUGACCAUUGAUUUUUGAAUAACUCAAGUCUAAAUGAAGCUGACUCUUCCUAAAUAUAUAAAUAUUUUGUGUGUGACUAACUGCGUAAUUUUAAGGAAAGAAAAUUGGAAUCAGAUCCAUGUGAUGCUGGAAGCACAAUAAUUAUUUUAAUUAGUCUUGUAUUGGAGGCAAUGCGCCAAGAAUUAUACAUUUUAGUAUGAAAAACUUGAAGCAGAGGUGCUCGGGGACCACGACGGGUUUAUAUUUUUAUAUAAAUACGAAAAUAACACUUCUUCUGAUACACCUGAUAGAUAGUGCGAGUUCUAUUUUUUGCUUUUAUUUAGAGCAUAGUUUUUUGAGGAAGGAUGGCUAAUGACCAAAAAGUGCCUUAAACAUGUGCCACAGAGAGCAAUUAAAUUGCUUUGUGUUAGUCAUGAUAAUUUUAGAGUGUCGAAACGUGUAGAUAAUUAACCGUUUUCAUUUUAUUUUUGUGUGUUGAUUGUUUUUAUUUCGAAAUUUGAAAUUCUCAAACCACUCGUAUGAGAAUAUCGCGGUAAACAGGUACUUAAAUACUGUAGAUAGGCAAUUUGGAUUACGUUUAAGUCGGGAAACAAAGGAAGCUUUUGCCCCACCCUUAUUUAAACCCUCCGCUGUAAAUGCUUUCAAAAUACUUUACGAUUAAAUAUUCUAUUGGAGAGUGUACAGCUCUAGUCUCAUUAGUUAUUUUGUGUGCAUCACUUUUGUAGAAAAUUUAAUGCAUGUUUUAGUUAGUUUUCGAUAGUCGAGUUUUUUUUUAAUGGUUUUGUUUAUAUUUUAGAUUUGGCCUAAAAAAAGGAUGAUUAGUGUAGUAGCUAGUCAAUUGUAUCAUAAAAAUAUUGUAGAGGUUUGUUUUGCUCAAGCAGAACAAAUCCGUAAUGUUUUCGUUUUAUUUUUCAUCCUCUUCUCCAGACUGAAUUGUAUUAAAAUCUAUAAAUGCGUUUCUUUAAUUUUGUAAUCUUGUCAAAGUGUAUAUUAAAUGAUAUUAGAAUUGUCCUCGAAUAAAAAUUUUGGUACCUCUUGA